GUUUAUUGGUUUAUAAAUAAGAUAAAUAACUAUUUUGUUUGGUUAAAAAUACAUUUAACACUUCCUGGAUAUUGGAUAUAUUUUAAGAAUUAACACAAGUAAUGGCUAAUAAUGCUCAGUUCGUCGUUUCAUCGCAACUGCACGAAAAGAAUAUCUGUUCGGCUUUAAGUUGUUUACAACAAAAUGGCGAGUUUGUUGAUAUGACUUUAGCGGCUGAUGGGCACUUUGUGAAGGUCCACCAAGUUAUAAUAGCCAUAGCAAGCCCUUAUCUUAAAGAUCUAGUUGCCUCAGCAAAUUGUCAACAUCCCGUUAUAUUUUUAAAUAAAAUAUCACAUGCAACACUGUGCUUGAUACUAGAAUAUGUUUAUACUGGAGAAGUAAUAGUAUCUACAGACAAUUUGAAGGAAUUAGUAGAAGCGGGUAAAGAACUGCACAUCAAGGGCUUAGAAGAUAUGAAUUUACAACAUGCCGCAUAUGUGAAUCCAAAAAACGAAACCGAUGAUGAUGAAAAGAAUCCAAUGAACGAGAUUUAUCUUGAAACAAGCAGCAUAGACAAUUAUGUGGCGGAGGACAAAAUCAAUAUUGACAUAAAAGACAUGAAUGAUGAUGAUGACCAGGAAUUAUUCCUAGAGGAUAUGGAGCAAGAUGAUAAAAUUAUCAAUGAAGAAAGUCAAGAUGACAAUGACGACUACUUUACGGGGGAUCAUUCAUAUCAUGAUAAGAUUGGUAAAUCUGUGCUGUCUUCAGUCGGUAUAUCUAAAGUAAAAAUCACGAACGCCAACAAAGAGACAGAAAGUUCGUCACUGCAGUACACAGUGUCGAACCAGGGCUCGCUGCAGAUCAUACUGAACAGGUACAUGUACUACCUGAAGUACACGAACCGCAACCGCGCGCGCCAGUGGCGCUGCAUCGACUACCUCAAGAGCGGCCGCUGCCCCGCGCACGUCGUCACCCGCGACGACGUCGUCGUGCAGAGGAUAGCGGCGCAUACGCAUCCCUUCCACGACGAGAGGAUCCUGAAGAAGUUAAGAGCGGGCGCCAUAUUCUCUGCUCUCGUAGAGGCUGAAAAAGAAGGGGAGAAUAUUCUGCGCGCUAAAAGUAUCGAAGCAAAUAGAAGUGAAUAGCAUUAUACGUUAUGUAUUACAA